AUGCUUGGGAUGCUUUGCCAUAAUCUUCAACAAAAACUACCCGAAACACUGAAAAAAAAAACUAAAGAUCUAAUCUCACCUACAAAUCUUGUAAAUACUGAAGAUUCUAGUAUUGAUCUUUUCGAAGAAGAGGAAUUUGAAAAGCCUUUAGAAUUUGAAGUUGAAGCGGUAAAUAUUACUAUAGAUGAUGAGUUAGUAAUAGAUGAAUUCUUUGAUAUUAGUAUUUUUGAACAACAAGAGCAAGAAGUUGUUGAUGAAAGUUCAACGAUUCAUUCUCAAAAUUCUAUUAAUAAUGAAGAUUAG